GCAGGUUGCAGCUGCCUGGCCAGCCCGAGAGACAGCGGAGAUUCAUUACCCGCCGACACAAUGACCAUUGAUGGCCCCGUGGCGUUAUUCAAAUCCAGUACCAAUUGCAGCCGAGCCCCUUUCUCCGCGCCAGGCCCGUAUUGUUGGAGCGGCCCACUAAAAGCCCGCCCCGGCCCCGAGCCGCCAGAGGCGCCCGCUCGGGUUCAGCCCUGCGACUCGCAGCCCGCCGGCUCCCAGUCCGGCUCCCCGGGCGCUGCAGGUGACCCGGCGGCGCAUUCCAGCACUCCCCGCCGCCCGGGCCACCGCCGCCGCCGCCACCGCCACCGCCACCGCAGGCGCCCCGGCCGCGACUCAGCCACAGGAAAGCGGAGAGCGCCCGAGCCGUCCCGGCCAGCAGGGUCCUCCAGUCGAUCGCGUCGUUUUUCCUCCUUUCAAAUUUCGGCCGGAACGAAGCCGGCACGCAGCGGCGGGGCCGAAUGUGGUCCGCCCUCAGCCCAAGCCGCAGGAAGUCGGGGGUGAAAGAAGAGGCCGGCCGAAUGCGCCCGCUAACUCGUUUCGCAGUUGUUCUAACUUAUCACCCCAAUACUCCCUACCUAAACAAAACAAAUCCCAAACCAACCAACCCCUCCCGCAAGCCCCUCCGGACGGACCGAUGGGCUGAGCCUCCUCCAGCCGCUACCAGGGUCCGACGGGCAAGCGUCGCCAACUAUGCGCUCCAGCCCGGCAAUCUCCUCGGCUUUGGAAACAGAAUUUGGAAAAACGAAUCCUUUUCAUUAAAGAAAAAUCUUCGGAGAUA